AUGGAUUACCCGGCAGAGACGCGUCGCUCGUCUUCGGACAAGCAGUCGCUCGACAACAAGGAGGCAAAGGGCUUCGCCAACUCCAACGGCGACCCCAUGGUCCUCAAGACCCAGUCCAUCGACCAGACCGACGGCAUCAUCGACGUCAACGAGCUCAGCCAGGUCCUCGACGAGGCCGAGAUCGAGGCCGCCGGCCAGGGCAAGGGCACCUCGCUCUACCUCUGGGCCCUCACCGCCUUUAGCGCCAUCGGCGGCUUCCUCUUCGGCUACGACACGGGCACCAUCUCGUCGGUCCUCGUCGUCAUCGGACGCGACCUCGACAACCGCGUCCUCAGCGACGGCGACAAGGAAUUCGUCACCUCGGCCCUCACCGUCGGCGCCAUUGUCGCGUCCCUCUUCAUCGGCCUCGUCGGCGACAAGUUCGGACGCAAGUGGGCCCUCCUCUUCUGCGACAUCGUCUUCCUCGUCGGCGUCAUCAUCCAGGCCGCCUGCCACCAGAAGAUGGUCAUGGCCGUCGGCCGUCUCAUCAUGGGUCUCGGCGUCGGCGGCGCCGCCCAGCUCGUCCCCGUCUACAUCCAGGAAAUCGCGCCCGCAAAACACCGCGGCCGCCUCGCCGUCCUCAACUCGAUCGCCAUCACCGGCGGUCAGGUCAUCGCCUACGCCUUCGGCGCCGCCUUUGCCAACGUCACACACGGCUGGCGCUACAUCAUCGCUAUCGGCGGCGUGCCCCCCAUCUUCCAGGCAAUUGGCAUCCACUUCUUCAUGCCCGAGUCGCCGCGUCACCUGGUCAAGAGCGGUCACUACGACGAGGCCGAGGCGGCGCUCACCAAGAUGUACCCCGUCGCCACGCCGCAGGAGAUCGAGGCCAAGGUCAUGGUCAUGAAGAGGCACAUUGAGAUUGACGACAUCGGAACCGUGCGCAAGGUCAAGCUCCUCUGGACCGACGUGCCCACGCGCCGCGCCGUCUUCAUCUGUGGCGCGCUCCUCUUCGCCCAGCAGCUCAGCGGCUUCAACUCGCUCAUGUACUUCAGCGGCACCCUCUUCGCCGCGGCUGGCCUCAACAACCCGACGGCCACGGGCCUCAUCAUCUCGGGCACCAACUGCCUCUUCACCUUUGUCACGGCCGGCUUCGUCGACCGCUUCGGACGCCGCCGCCUGCUCCUCAUCACGAUGCCCCUCGUCAUCCUCUUCCUCUCGGUGACGGCCGUCAUCUUCUACGUCAUGCUCCGCCCCACGGACCAGCAGCUCCUCUCUGGCUUCCCCUACCCGGGCUACCAGACCAGCCUGAUGCUCGUCUUCAUGGUCUUCUACGUCGCCUCGUACGCCACCGGCCUCGGCGCCGUGCCUUGGCUGCACGGCGAGUUCUUUGGCACCCAGACGCGCAUGGUCGGCACCUCGAUCUCGACGGCGUGCGCCUGGAGCGGCAACCUCAUCAUCUCGUCGACGUUCCUCAAGACGAUGACGGCCAUCACGCCCUCGGGCGCGUUUGGGCUCUACGCCGGCCUGACGUUCAUGUUCCUCAUCAUGGUCUACUUCCUCUACCCCGAGACGGCCAUGCUCUCGCUCGAAGAGGUCCGCAGCACCCUCGACGGCGGCUUCAACGUCAAGAAGAGCCUCAAGGUGCGCCGCGAGAAGCUCGACCUGUGGAAGAAGCAGCAGGCCGAGCAGAAGGAGCGCGCCCAGUCGGCCUAA